UUCCAGAGGUUUUUCCGUUUUGAAAUGACGGAAACAAUAAUACUAUAGUAAAUUAACGGGCAUAUGGUUAUCCGAAGUGCACACGAGAAGACGAAUAUUCAUUUCUGCGGUGGAGACACUGUAACACAUGACUAUUGUGUCUUACAGAUCCGACACAAGACCUAAUAGCAGUAGGAGUAAAGACAUGACGACAUGACAUGAGCGAGUGUUGGUGAACUCUGAGUUGUGGGGUUCCAAAACGAGCAGCUACUAUGAUGAAACCCCUACAAAAUUGCAGUCUACUGUUGGACAGAAACUGCACAUCACAAGCAUGUCCACCAUCGGACACGAAACGGUCAGAAAAGAGCAUACACGAUUGGUGGAGAAUGUUGAUGCACGUUAUAUAGCUGACUAUCUCUACGAAAAAGAUUUUCUCACUCCGGAAAUUUUGGAAUAUGUAACAGACGAAGAUAGGCCAUCACGUGAUAGAUGUCGUCGGUUACUUUUGGAGUUAAACAAACAUCAGUUUGUGCUAGCGCCGUUGAUUAACGCACUAAACUAUGAGAAUACUUUUCCACACUUGUGUACUGAGCUACUCGUUACUCUAAGUGAGAUAGUAACGACACCUCGCAGACAGCCAAGACGUUUGAGUUUGAGUUUAACUGGAAAUGAUGAUGAUUUCAUUGGGAUAUGCAACCCAUCAAGGGAAAUCAAACGGACAGUCUUUACAAAAGAACAUUUUCUAGCUACAAAGUUGUAUUGUAAAAUGCGCCGUUUGCUUAAUCAGGGGAAACAUAUGCUUCAUGAGUUCGACGAUGAGCUGUAUAGAUAUCAGGAACUUUGGGAACAGAAUCAAGACGACGCACUGAGGAGGCACCUUGUAGCUAACAGAUAUUUUGAAAUUAAAAUCCUUCAAAUUAGGAAAUUGUCGGAAAGUGGAGCGGAAGACAAUACAGUAAGAAGCUUAUUCAGUGAUACAGCUCAACUAGUGCCUUACACAUCCCACCCAUGCGCUUCUGUCACGUCACUAUUGACAAUAUAUGCACAUGCCCUUUUGACCGCUAGAAAACCGUGCGAGGAAGUGUUAAGUGUUCUCAACGAAGCAAAAAGUAACUUUCCCUUUCUGCCCGGAUGCCGUGAAACAUCUUUGGUUCUUAUUACAGAAUUUAAAGUUUACUGGCAACUGUAUGAAAAAAGUUCCGAUACUGUUACUAAAAAGGAACUUUUACAGAAAGCAGCCGCCGCGGCGAUGCACUUCGCUGUUGACGAAGAGCUGAACGAGGAUUUGACGUAUAAACUUUACAUUAACCGAGGGUUACAGUUUCUACAAACUCUUGCUAACCUCGGUCUCGGUUAUACUCUGAGAAAUAUUCGUCAUGAUUGUGUUACAAAGGAAAAUAUACAAAAUGCACUAUCAUUUCUCAAAACAGUUGACGAAGGGGAAGGUUGGCAGCAGAUGGAAGUUAGAUGGAGGAUGUCAUUCUAUGUUGCAAAAUCAAAAAUAAAUUUUGUUGAAGGCAAUAUCAAGGAAGCCGUAGAAUUAGCAGAGAGUGCACUGGAACUGUCAAAUAGUGUUCAUUUUAAAGAAGAACAUGAAAAUAUCCAAGAAUUCGUCCGAUUUAUAUCGCAUAGCACAACGGAACAUCAGCAUUCACAAGGUGUCGAAAAUAAUACAGAAAACAGUUCGGACUCAACUGACGGGUCUGACAGUCAAAAUCAAUCGGAAGUGUUGGAUAAACAUUGCAAAAUAUCCAGUGUAGAACACAAUAAACGUGAUGAUUCAAGGACUGGAAAUCAGUCUGAACAAUGUGGGAAAUCUCUGUGGAAGUUUGAUGCCUGCUGUGCGGAUCUAUUUGACACGGUAACGCCUUGUAAACACUGGUAUUCGUCCCGGAUGUUACAGGCGAUUGGUCUCCUGGUUUUGUUAACCUUGUUACCGUGGAUCUAUUCUGUUCUGUAGGACUUUUAACAACCUGAGUUGUGGUUUACAUUAAGAUUGCCGCAGGACAAUUACACGGAAAACAUAGCUUUUUGUCGUUAAUAUGUUGUAGUAAUAGCAUGCAUUCAUCAUUCACGGCUGUUAUGUAAUGGUAGUUCGGAGGAUAUACCGUAAAAGUUGUAUUUAUCCACAAGGUCUUUUGUCAAUUUCAACAAUCGGGACAAACGAUAUAACUAAAUUAAUUAAUAAGCAAAAUUAAUAUGUAUGUAACACUUUUCGGGAUUUAAUUACCUGUUUUGAUGUAGCCCAUUUUUAAACAAAACCUCUUCUUUUUUAAAAAACAUUUAAAUACAAAUUUUGUUGUCUGUAUGGACUCAUGGACCAUUAAACACGACAGUAUCAUCAGUUCAAGUGAAACCAAUUUGUAUUCAGCAUCAGUAUAUAUUUACAUAGAUAAUGAAGUAGCAUCGGUCGUUAAGUUCGUGGGUUUUCCACAAAACGUUUACUAAACUGAUGGAAAGUUGAACAGUUCAUGAAUUAAUGGACUAAAGAAUACGUUCGUUAACAGUUCUCGCAAAAUUGAGCCACAGCGAAAAGCAUUGAUUUUAUAAUAUCUGGUUAAUUAAGUGGUCUUCAUUAAUCAAUAAUUCAAUUCUACUGGCAACAAACAUUUUCAUUGGUUUAAAAAUUAUAUCAGCCCAUAACGUAAACAUGACGUCGCUUUUGAUUGGCUGUUAUAGCAGCAUAGUAGAGAAAAAAGUUCAUCAGUAAAAGUUAAUUCCCACAAGGACUGUGUACAGUAAAUUAAAUCAUGAGGGUUCACGUGAAUGCAUUUUUAUGUUACGCAGCUAUAAGAAAGAAAAAAAUAAAUAAAAAACGGAGUGUACUCUCAUCCUCAACCGCUUCGUGAGUACAUUCCAUUUUUUGUUUUGAUCCUUUUUAUUGAAAGAGCAAUUCUUUACUUUAUCAGUAUUUUCAAACCAUCUGGCAUGUGUUCUGAAUUUGUUUAUGACACAGAGUUAUGGCAUCUAAAGCAGCAGCAUUUUAAUAUAAUGUUUUUAUAGUUUUAUGUCUAGAUUAUAAAUCGGAUGGUUGUAUAUCCCCCCCCCCCCCCUCCCAC